AUGAGAAGCACCUCUUCCAUGCUUUCCCGUUUCUCUCGCCAAUCACAUGCUCUGUUGGCUUCCAAAACAAACUCUCUCGCUCCGUUCUUGACAUCAUCAUCAUCAUACUUUUCGACAUGCAUGGUUUCAAAAACAAAACCAGCUCUAGAGGAAAAUAUCUAUCAAUUAGAUGAUCAAAAAAUUGAUGUGAACAAAUAUAAGAAUUUUAAAUAUGAAUUAGUAUAUCAUCACAAUGAAAAUGAAAUCAAGGUUACUGAGAGCAAUUCUACUGAAUUGAACUUGUGCAAUAGUAUCAAUAUGGCACUGAAACAAGCAAUGGAAAGAGAUCCAAAGGCAUUAGUUUUUGGUGAAGACGUGGCUUUUGGAGGUGUGUUCAGAUGUACGGUAGACUUGAAGGAGCAAUUCGGAAGAGACCGUGUUUUUAACACUCCACUUUCUGAACAAGGUAUCGUUGGAUUCGCUAUUGGUGUUGCUGCAAUGGGCCAUACCGCAAUUGCUGAGAUUCAAUUUGCUGACUAUAUUUUCCCUGCAUUCGACCAAAUCGUCAAUGAGGCUGCCAAAUACCGCUUUAGAAGUGGAAAUUUGUUUGAUGUUGGAGGAUUAACAAUUCGUACACCAAGCAGUGCUGUUGGCCAUGGUGGCCAUUACCACUCACAAUCUCCAGAGGCCUAUUUUGCACACACACCAGGCCUCAAAGUUGUCAUUCCAAGAAAUCCAUUACAAGCCAAGGGGUUGUUAUUAUCAAGUAUUGAAGAUCCAAAUCCCGUUAUUUUCUUUGAGCCAAAGAUUCUCUAUCGUUCAAGCCAAUGCUUGGUUCCAAAUGAAGCAUACAAAAUUCCAUUAGAAAAAGCAGAAAUACUAAAGGAAGGCAAAGAUGUGACUGUUAUUGGUUGGGGAAGUCAACUCUAUGUCCUUGAAAAAGCUGUCGAAAUGGCAAAAGAGGUUGGAAUCGAUUGUGAGCUAAUAGAUUUGAGAACUAUUGUGCCAUGGGACAUUGAAACUGUGGUAAACUCUGUAAAAAAGACUGGAAGAUGUGUUGUUAGUCAUGAAGCUCCAUUAACUGGAGGUUUUGGUUCUGAAAUAGCUGCCACUGUUCAAGAGAAAUGUUUCUUACAUUUAGAGUCGCCUGUUGUCCGUGUUUGUGGGUUGGACACUCCUUUCCCAUUGGUUCAUGAGAAAUAUUACAUCCCAGGAGUUGUUAAAUGUUUUGAAAUGAUCAAAAACGCAGUCAACUAUUAG